UUAGAUGGCCUCUAGCACUGCUCCAUUUGACGGACAUAGUAUGGUUUAUAUCAGGAAGGUAAAUGCAGCGUUUAGAAGUGUCAUAUGGUGUUAGAGUCAGUUCUGCGGUGUCUCCCUUUCAUGGAUGUGUUAUCUCACCUGUAUUAAUACUUGUACCCAUCUGAUCUUUCUUUUUUUUUCCUUCAAUUUUUCUCUUUUAUGGCUUUCAGGCUUUUUGAGCAAGGAUUGGCGUAUGUUGGAACAGAUUACUUGUCCUUUCCUCUUUGGGACAGGUACAUUGAUUAUGAAUUUAUGCAGCAAGCAUGGGGCCAGCUUGUUGUGAUCUACUCACGAAUAUUAGAGAAUUCGUACCAACAACUGGAUCGAUAUUUAAACAGUUUUAAGGAGUUAGCUGGAAGUCAGCCUCUCUCAGAAUUGAGAACUGCUGAAGAAGCUGCUGCUGCUGCCACUUCAGAGGAUGGUGUACAAGCAAACGGGGUCAGUUUGAAAUCGGAAAUUGAAGCAGAAAAUAUAUCUACAGAACUAUUUCAUUUAGUGAAGUUCACAAUGAAAUCGUUGAGCUCAAGGUUAUGGAGAGCACCUGUGGAUUCACUUACUCCUACAAUAGUAGACAUGCUUAGUGAAAAAGCUAAACUUUUGCUGGCAUCCUCAUUAUCACCACAAAGUGUUCUUCAAGACUUGGUUGGUUUCAACAUUUCAGUAAAUGUUGUUAGAGAACUAGUUCUGUUGAUGUAA